AGGGAAAAGGACGGGAAGAGCUAGAGCCGCGGCUGAGAGAGACCGAGAGUUUGGGUGUUUGUGCGAGAGCCGGGGCGGGGGCAGGGGCGAGGGGCCGGCAUGGCUGAAGCCUGCACUCCGCAACCUUGAAGAGCGGCUGCGGCUGGAGGCCGUGGGCAGGGAGGUGGGUGCGAUGGCAGAGCGCGGCCCCGGCAGUUGUGCCGGGCCGGGCCGGCUGGCCUGAGCCGCCAGAGGAGUGGGGCUGCCUCUGCGCUUCCAUGGAGCAGCGGGAAAGGCGAAACUCCGGAGCGCUGAGUCCCUGCGCUGCUGCGACGGACUGCUGAAGGGGCCGAGCCCACGCGGACCUCCGAAGGACACAGCCCCCGCCCCAGCCCGCAGGCCGGCUGCCCGGGGUCGGCGGGGGGCGUCGGAGGGCAGCGGAGGCGCUCUCAGCGAGCGGCGCCGCGGGAGAGGCCGGCGCGGGAGGCGGCCGCAGCAAUGCCGGGCCCGCUGGGGCUGCUCUGCUUCCUCGCCCUGGGGCUGCUAGGCUCGGCCGGGCCCAGCGGCGCGGCGCCGCCUCUCUGUGCGGCGCCCUGCAGCUGCGACGGCGACCGUCGUGUGGACUGCUCCGGGAAGGGGCUGACGGCUGUACCCGAGGGGCUCAGUGCCUUCACCCAAGCGCUGGAUAUCAGUAUGAACAACAUUACGCAAUUACCAGAGGAUGCAUUUAAGAACUUUCCUUUUCUAGAAGAGCUACAAUUGGCUGGCAACGACCUUUCUUUUAUCCACCCAAAGGCCUUGUCUGGGUUGAAAGAACUCAAAGUUCUAACUCUCCAGAAUAACCAGUUGAAAACAGUACCUAGUGAAGCCAUUCGAGGACUGAGUGCUUUGCAGUCUUUGCGUUUAGAUGCCAAUCAUAUUACCUCAGUCCCCGAGGACAGUUUUGAAGGACUCGUACAGUUACGACAUCUGUGGCUGGAUGACAACAGCUUGACGGAGGUGCCUGUGCAUCCCCUCAGCAACCUGCCCACCCUGCAGGCGCUGACCUUGGCUCUCAAUAGAAUCUCCAGCAUCCCUGACUUUGCCUUUACCAACCUGUCAAGCCUGGUGGUUCUGCAUCUUCAUAACAAUAAAAUUAAAAGCCUGAGUCAACACUGUUUUGAUGGACUAGAUAAUCUGGAAACCUUGGACUUGAAUUAUAAUAACUUGGAUGAAUUUCCUCAGGCUAUUAAAGCUCUUCCUAGCCUAAAAGAGCUGGGAUUUCAUAGUAACUCUAUUUCUGUUAUCCCUGAUGGAGCAUUUGGUGGUAAUCCACUCUUAAGAACUAUACACUUGUAUGAUAAUCCUCUGUCUUUUGUGGGGAACUCAGCAUUUCACAAUCUAUCUGAUCUGCAUUCCUUAGUUAUUCGUGGUGCAAGCAUGGUGCAGUGGUUCCCCAAUCUGACUGGAACUAUCCAUCUGGAGAGUCUGACCUUGACAGGUACAAAGAUAAGCAGUAUACCUGAUAAUUUGUGCCAAGAACAAAAGAUGCUUAGAACUUUGGACUUGUCUUACAAUAAUAUAAGAGAUCUCCCAAGUUUUAAUGGUUGCUAUGCACUGGAAGAAAUUUCGUUGCAACGAAAUCAAAUCUACCAAAUAAGGGAAGGUACUUUUCAAGGCCUGGUAUCCCUAAGGAUUCUAGAUCUGAGUAGAAACCAGAUCCAGGAAAUUCACAACAGAGCUUUUGCGAAACUUGGGCCAAUAACUAACCUAGAUGUAAGUUUCAAUGAAUUAACUUCAUUCCCUACGGAAGGCCUGAAUGGGCUAAAUCAACUGAAACUUGUGGGCAACUUCAAGCUGAAAGAAGCCUUAGCAGCAAAAGAUUUUGUUAAUCUCAGGUCUUUAUCAGUACCAUAUGCUUAUCAGUGCUGUGCAUUUUGGGGCUGUGACUCUUACGCAAAUUUAAACACAGAAGAUAACAGCCUCCAAGACCAUAGUGUGACAAAGGAGAAAGGUACCACUGAUGCAGCAAAUGUCACCAGCAGUGCUGAAAAUGAAGAACAUAGUCAAAUCAUUAUCCAUUGUACACCUUCAACAGGUGCUUUUAAGCCCUGUGAAUAUUUACUCGGAAGCUGGAUGAUUCGUCUUACCGUGUGGUUCAUUUUCUUAGUUGCAUUGUUUUUCAACCUGCUAGUCAUUUUAACAACUUUCGCCUCUUGUACAUCACUGCCUUCCUCCAAGUUGUUCAUAGGCUUGAUUUCUGUGUCUAACUUAUUCAUGGGAAUCUAUACUGGCAUCUUAACUUUUCUUGAUGCUGUAUCCUGGGGCAGAUUUGCUGAAUUUGGCAUUUGGUGGGAGACUGGCAGUGGCUGCAAAGCAGCUGGGUUUCUUGCAGUUUUCUCCUCAGAAAGUGCCAUAUUUUUAUUAAUGUUAGCAGCAGUUGAAAGAAGCUUAUCUGCAAAAAAUAUCAUGAAAAAUGGGAAAAGCAGUCAUCUCAAGCAGUUCCGGGUUGCUGCCCUUUUUGCUUUCCUGGGUGCUGCAGUAGCAGGCUGUUUCCCCCUUUUCCACAGAGGGGAAUAUUCUGCAUCACCCUUGUGCUUGCCGUUUCCCACAGGAGAGACGCCAUCAUUAGGAUUUACUGUAACCUUAGUGCUGUUAAACUCACUAGCAUUUUUAUUAAUGGCCGUCAUCUACACUAAACUUUACUGCAACUUGGAAAAAGAGGACCUCUCAGAAAACUCACAGUCUAGCAUGAUUAAGCAUGUUGCUUGGCUAAUCUUCACCAAUUGCAUCUUUUUUUGCCCUGUUGCAUUUUUCUCAUUUGCACCAUUGAUCACUGCAAUCUCUAUCAGUCCUGAAAUAAUGAAGUCUGUUACUCUGAUAUUUUUCCCACUGCCUGCUUGCCUAAAUCCGGUCCUGUAUGUUUUCUUCAAUCCAAAAUUUAAAGAAGACUGGAAGUUACUGAAGCGACGCGUUACCAAGAAAAGUGGAUCAGUUUCAGUUUCCAUCAGUAGCCAAGGUGGUUGUGUGGAACAGGAUUUCUACUACGACUGUGGCAUGUACUCACACUUGCAGGGUAACCUGACUGUGUGUGACUGCUGUGAAUCCUUUCUUUUGACAAAGCCAGUAUCAUGCAAACACUUAAUAAAAUCACACAGCUGUCCUGCAUUGGCAGUGGCUUCUUGCCAAAGACCAGAGGGAUAUUGGUCUGAUUGUGGCACGCAGUCAGCCCACUCCGACUAUGCAGAUGAAGAAGACUCCUUUGUCUCAGACAGUUCUGACCAGGUGCAGGCCUGUGGACGAGCCUGCUUCUAUCAGAGUCGAGGAUUCCCUUUGGUGCGCUACGCUUACAAUCUACCAAGAGUUAAAGACUGAACUACUGUGUUUGUAACUGUUUUCCCCAUCAACCAAAAUUACAGUGUUUAUAGAGUGAACCCUAUUCUGUUCUUUCAUCUAGGAAGCACUUCUGUAAUCACUGCCUGGUGUCACGUAAAAGGGGAAGGUGGCAGUUUAUUUCUCAAACCAGACAUUUUUCAAAGAACAGGUGCCUAAAUUAUUAAUUGAUGAAAAAUGCAAUGUCCAAGCAAUGUGUAGUCUAUUUGAAACAGAUGCAACUUUAAAAGGAUUUUGGGUGUGGUAUAGCAAUAUAACUCUUAGGUUUUUCGAAUCCAUAAGGAGCAAAUUUAUGCGUAUUUCUGAAGUAAGCACAAGAUAAAGGACAGCUGUUACUAUUUAAAAAAAAUAGUUCAACAUGUGACUUUAUAUAACUGACAAAAAAGUCUUGCUAAUUUUACCUAAUAUUUCAUCAUUAAUCUCAGGACAACUUACUAUAGGGCCAAAAAAGGGAUUGUCUCCCAUCUAGAACUGUGAGAGUACAUGGAGGUAUCAGUGUUUUCUAUUUCCACUUUGACAUGAGAAUCAUAAAUUUUGUUCAAGUGCUUUGUAAAUCUAAAACCUGAAGAUGUUUUAAAAACCAUAUUAACAGCUGUUAGAUUUUUAAAAACCCAGCAGAACAUUUGUUUGGGGUCAUUUUACAUUGUUUUGGUACGAUCACCAUCAUUUUCAGUGUUUUGCAAAUUACACUACUAGUACAAAGUAAAUGGCUAAUUGCUGUGUGAGUUUAAGUAGAUUUGGCUAAACUACUAACUAAUGAGAUUUUAAUAGUACCUGAGGGAUUUGAUGGCUCCCUGUAAUGUUCCCAUUAAUAAAUGCUUCUUUAUCAUUGGUUCUACUGAUAUUUUCCAGUUUUGUUAUAUCAUCUUUUUAUAGUAUGGAUUAUACAGAAAAUAAACUGUGGUAAAUAAUUAUUUUUUGUAAUUGGAGGAAGCUGGGAAUAAUUAUGACACAAAGCACUUACAUUUAUCUCUUAGUGAGCUGGAUUCUUCUGGACUUCGGUUAUUACUUAGAAGCUUCCAUAAAAUUUUCCCAUACUAUGAUUUACAAACCAAAAACCCUACUCAAUAGCUCGUAUGCUGAGCUCUGGUUAGACAAGACAGGUAUGUCAUUAAUGGAGAGAAAAAAAAGAAAAGGCUUAGUCCUAUGUCUUUGAAAAUUAAAAAUUUUACCUGAUUCUCAUCUAGGGUCUUCUGCCAUGUUCCUUUGUGGAGUCUUAAAGUUAUAAUUGCUGGCAAUAUGUUUUUUGAACAAUGUGCUAAAUAGCAAACCCACUGCCAUAUUGUUAUCCUGGAUAUACUAAAAAAUAUUAAGCUAGAUUGCAGUUUAAUAAUUAAACUGUACAUACUGUGCAUAUAAUGAAUUUUUAUCUUAUGUAAAUUAUUUUUAGAACACAAGUUGGGAAACGUGGCUUCUGUUCAUUUCGUUUAAUUAAAGCUACCUACCUCCUAAACUAUAGUGGCUGCCAGUAGCUGAAUGUUAAAUUGUGGUUUAUAUACUUUUUUCAUUGUAAAUAAGCUCAGUUGUACAUUGUCAGUGUAAAAACAGAAUCUUUGUAUAUCAAAAUCAUGUAGUUUGUAUAAAAUGUGGGAGGGAUUUA